AUGCAUGGUGUUCCUAUCUAUGUGAAGGGUGGCGUUUGGACCAAUUUGGAGGACCAAAUUCUUAAAGCUGCGAUACAGAAAUACGGUACUCAUUCAUGGAAUAAGGUUGCUUCUUUGCUUCAGAAGAAGAGUGGGAAACAGUGCCAGAACCGUUGGAAUGAAUAUUUGAACCCAAGACUGAACUUUGAGAAAUGGUCUAAGGAAGAUGAUGUGAAGUUGCUGCGUUUGGGUAAGCUACUGCCGAAUCAGUGGCGCACAAUUGGCGAUAUGAUGGGCCGCACUGCUCAGUUAUGUUUGGAUAGAUAUAAUAAGCUUCUCGAAGAAGACGGGGAGCAGGAUACGCUGCGCGUGGGGGAGUUCAAUCCGAAUGCUGAUACGCAGGCUGCCAGGCCGGACCGUGAAGAGCUGGAGGACGACGAAAGAGAAAUGCUGGCAGAGGCAAGGGCCCGGCUGCUGAAUACUCAGGGUAAAAAGGCUACGAGGAAGAUACGAGAGCGCAUGCUGGAGGAAAGCAAACGUGUAGCGUAUUUACAGAAAAGACGGGAACUGAAGCAGGCCGGUGUGGACUCUAAGAUUCGCGCGCCAAAGAAGAAAUUCGCUACGCAGCUUGAUUAUAACAAAGAGAUACCCUACGAACAGGCUCCCGUUGGUGGUAUCUAUGAUACUACGGAAGAGGACCAGCGACUAAAGGCCCAGCUGGAAAAGUUCGAGAAACAGGUGGACAAGAAGGGGCUCCGUUCGACAGCUGCUACAAAGAAGUCCACUGGCAAGAAGAAGCGUGUCCUGGAGGAUGCUAGCGACAAAAAGAUCGUUGGAGUAGAUAAUGUUGUCAACAAUGAGUAUAAGAAACCGAAGCUAGAACUGCCGCCGUCGGGCACCGUGGCAGAAAGUAGUUCCAGUAGCGUUGCAGCGAUACGAAAAGAGAUCCUCGCAAAUAGAAGCCAAGGUUCCAUCUUCGAUGUAGAUCCCUCCAGUACCGCGUUGAUUUCCCCACCUGCGCCCACCUUGAAAUCCAAGCCCAAAGCGUUCCUGACACGUCUCUUCGCUCAAUUGCCCGCGCCAAAAAACGACUUUGAGUUGGUUUUCGAGGAUGACCAGGUCACCUCUCCAAACUCACCCGCGUCCCCAAAUGGCUCCCAGGACCUCCCAUCAACUGCCGAGGACCAUGCAGUAGAUGUCCUUCUCCCCUGGACAUGCGAGUCCCUCGAACGCAACGACCUAACUAUUCCCUCCCCUGUUCCGGAGGUUAAAGACGAAGUAGACCAUUUCUACAACUUGCAUAUCGAAGCUAAGCGCACUGAGACUGACACAUACGAGAACCCAGCACUUCUACAGAUCCGUGACUCGCUCUUAAACAGCAUUUCCGCCGAGGAGCAAAAUGACCAUAAUCCGCAAGUCGAGGUCUUGCUUUCCAAGCGGCCGUCACCGGAAGCUCUUCGAACACGCAUACAGCAACUGCAAACAUCAAUCCUUUCUAUGUCCAACCAGGAGAACCCACCAGCCUCCAUUAUAGAACAAACUCUACAAGCAUCGUGUGACCUGACCUCGACUCUUCUCCCCAAGCUCCUUUCCAACGGACAUAGUUAUCAUCUAAACUACGCAAAAUACCAAAACGAACAUCUAACCAUUGAGGAACGCAAGGCUGCAAUGCAAUUGCUAAUACAGUCCCAGUGUUCCUCAACCUAA